AUGGCUACUUCAUUAGAAGAAGAUAAAGUGAAACCUGAGACUAACGACAGUACUAACAGCAAUGGUAGCACCAAGAAGGCGACUUCUGAUACAAUAGAACCGGAACAACAACCGUAUUUCAAUCCCAGACAACUCUGGCCAGACAUUAUCAAGUGUCCUGUUAACAAAUGGACGUUUCAGUGCUCUGAUAUUAUAGGAAAACUCGGUACUGACCCAGAGAAGGCCCAAAUUACCAAGAAAAAGAUGGAAAAGUGUUUGAUGUACUUCCAUAGGCUUAGAAAAGAGAUGAAGCUUUUUGAUCACACGUAUACGGCCAGUUGCAUACUUUUUUACCGGUAUUGGUAUAUGUAUGACCUACCUGCUUCGAUUCCCCAGUGUAUUCAUCUAGCACAAGCACUACUCGUGACAGCAUGUAAAACAAUGGAAAACAAUAGACCCACUGACCAUUACAUAAAAGCCACCUGUGAUUUCAUGGUCAAAGACGGACCAUCGUCGGUAGGGCAGAAGCUGAAUCUAGAGAAAUUAAAAUGGGAAGUCAGAGAUCAGCUUGUUACAUACGAAAAGAAGGUUCUCUGUCAACUCGGCUUCGAUCUUGCUCUUGAUAACCCAAAAGAACUUAUAGAAGAGCUUUUCAGUGCUUAUUAUAGACAUGUGCGAGACAGUGACAUUGAAGCAUCAUUCAAAGAAAUAUUCCCUGCCAUAUUACAGGAGGCCAGAAAUUUCAUUAUCCAAACCGGUACACAACCUAUAUCCCUACUUUGUGAUGGAUAUACCAUGGUUGCUACUGCAUUGAUAUUUGCUGGAAUUACUUUCCAGAAGGCGAAAGAUCCAUCGUUCAAAUUCCCUCACAACUUUUUCAGGAAACGCUUCCCCGUUAAGCUAACUCCAGAAGGGGUUGCAUCCUUGUUCGCUGACUUCAGAAGCUUGGAAAAGGCAUUCUUUGAUCUCAAAAGUAACAAAGGAGAUGCUCUAUUAAUUUCAGCAGCUGAUAUAGAGAAACUCAUUGAUGAAGAUCCCCAAGACGGAGAGGAACCAUAUAACCUCUACGAAUAUGAUCUCAUUAAAGAUGGGGAGGUGAAUGAAGAUCUUCUGAAGUACACGGAAAGAAAGGUUGAAGAGCUUGCGACAAGAAUCAUCUCUGAACGUAGCAUAAAAAGACCAGCGGAAUCUGUUCCAGAUCAAAUUCCAAAGAAACAAAGAAUAUAA